AUGACGGGAUCGCGUGCCUCGAACUGUCGAGGUGACGGUAAACAACAGCGGAAGUGCGUCGUUCGCAGCGGUUAUGACGUCACAGCGGCCGGACACCGGAAGUGGGUCGCGGCACCGCACCGGAACCGGACGUCGCUGCAUCGUGCGAUAUCGUAUAACUGGACUGCAGCAGUAAUUAAUCAUCAUCACAUACAAUGCAAAUUUGUAAGAUGGCGCGGUAUAAUCAGACGCCCGAGCUGCAAUCGAUCCUGA